AUGGGCACCUGGGCCUUCCCCACAGCCCUUUUCCUGCUCUGCUUGACUUCUGAAAGCCUGCAAGGGCUACCUCCAUUGUCUCCGGGCCUAGGGAAAGGCUUAGGGAGCCCCAGUGGCUACAGGUCAGGAUUUGGGAACAGGAAUGGGCUGGGAGCCCAGCCAGGCAUUGGAGGGGGUGUGAAACCCCAGAAGCCAGGGUUUAGAAACGGAAAUGGGCUGGCAGUAGGGGCCUUCCCAGGUGCUGUCGCCCAGCCAGGUUUUAGAGGUGGUGUGAAACCCCAGAAGCCAGUAUAUGGAAACGGACUGGGAGCUGGUGCCUUCCCAGGGCUGGGAGCCCAGCCAGGAGUUGGAGAGGGCGUGAAACCUCAAAAGCCAGGAUUUGGCAGUGGGAAUGGGAUGGGAGUUGGAGCCCAGCCAGGCUUUGGAGGGGGUGGAAAACCACAGAAGCCAGGUCCUGCAACUCAAAAUGGCUACGGACCAGGCUUUGGAGGGGGUAUGAAGCCUCAGAAGCCAGGAUUCGGGAACGGCAACGGGUUGGGAGCCCAGCCAGGCUUUGGUGGGGGCAUGAAGUGCCAGAAGCCAGGAGCCCAGCUAUGUGAGGGCAGCCAGGUGGGGGGCGGUAAAACCCAGAAGCCAGGCCCUGCGGUUCCCGUGGGCUACGGACCAGGCAUUGGUGAGGGCGGGAAGCCACAGAAGCCAGUUUACAGGAAUGGGCUGGGAGCCGGAGCCUUCCCAGGCCAGGGGGCCCAGCCAGCCCUGGGAAGGGGCAUGAGCCCUCCAAAGCUAGGAUACACACCAGGGCCGGGGCUGCAGCUCCCAGCAGGAUAUGGCAAUGGAAAUGGGGUGGGGGCCCAGCCAGGUCCCUGCAAUGGGAGGGUCCCUCCACUGCUCCCCAGGCCUCCCACUUUGGGGGUCCCUUCUGAUAAAGGGGGCGGCUGGGGCCCCAAAUCUCAGCCCUCUCCCCCAGGGCAGAAUGGCAAGUUCCCAGGAUACCAGCCCCUGAAUGGCUAUGGACCAGGAACAGCACUGGGCUUUGGUGGUGGCCUCAAGCCUCAGAAAGUCGGUUUUGCUUACGGGAAUGGUCUGGGAGCUGAGAUCUUCCCUGUGGCCCACUCGCAGCCAGAGUUCCCCGGGGCCAAUAGCUUUAGGAAUGGGUAUGGGGAUGAAGCACCAGUGUACCCCAAAGCAGCAGUUCCAGGCCCUGAAGCAAAUGGUCGGGCCGGGGCCCUAAGGGGCUCUUCUUGGCCCUCCGUGCAGCCCUGGGGGCUUGCCUUGAAGCCUGGAUAUGGGACUGGAGGCAAAUAUCCAGGGGUCAGGAGCCAGCCAGCGACCUAUGGACAGCUGAGGCCAGAGCUGGGUCCUGGACCCUUCGGCAACCCUGAGGUGAAGAGAGGCAGCAGUGGCCCACUGGGAAAUGGCUAUGGAGGCCCCUGCCCUCUCGGGAAAUGCUGAGCACCGAGGCUCUUCCACUGCCCAUCCUGAG